AUGGCCAGAAUCGGUCGCGGAGGUUUUCUGGCUCUCGCGGUGGUCUUCCAUCUGGUCUAUAUCUACUCCAUCUUCGACAUUUACUUUGUCAGUCCAAUCGUCCAUGGCAUGAAACCAUUUGCCGUCCAACAACAGCGUGCUCCGUCAAAACGCCUCGUUCUAUUUGUAGGAGACGGUCUGCGCGCUGAUAAGGCGUUUCAAUCCUUCCCAGAUCCAUCUCCUCCUGACCCAGUAAAUGCCGACCUCACGCCCCGACCUCUCGCUCCCUUUCUGCGAUCUCGAGUACUCGAGCACGGUACUUUCGGCGUCUCUCAUACACGGGUGCCGACAGAGUCGCGCCCCGGACACGUUGCGCUUAUCGCUGGGCUCUAUGAAGACGUUUCUGCGGUAACAACUGGGUGGAAAUUGAAUCCGGUCGAUUUCGACAGCGUCUUUAAUCGAAGUCGGCACACAUGGAGUUGGGGGAGUCCAGAUAUUCUUCCAAUGUUUAAGGAAGGAGCAGUACCAGGACGGGUCGACGCCGAUCAUUAUGCUGCAGAAUUCGAGGAUUUCUCACAGGACGCUACAUCGCUGGAUAUCUGGGUCUUCGACAAGGUUAAAGAUCUUUUCAAAUCUGCCAACACAAAUGCCACCCUUGAUGCCAUGCUCCGAGAGGACAAAAUUGUUUUUUUCUUGCAUCUGCUUGGAUUGGAUACCACGGGUCAUUCCUACCGGCCGUAUUCCAAGGAAUAUCUGCACAACAUCAAGAUCGUUGACCAAGGCGUCGAGGAAAUUACAAAUCUAGUCGAAGAAUUUUAUGCUGAUGGGGAAACUGCCUAUGUCUUCACGGCGGAUCACGGGAUGAGCGACUGGGGAAGUCACGGAGAUGGUCACCCUGACAAUACGAGGACGCCCUUGAUCGCUUGGGGUGCUGGUGUGGCCCAACCCCAGCUUUUUCCGGGCGCGCAAGCUCCAGGCCAUGAAGACGGGGUCUCGUUUGACUGGGGUCUUGAUCACGUUCGACGCCAUGAUGUUAACCAAGCCGAUGUUGCUGCACUGAUGGCCUACCUUGCUGGUCUGGAGUUUCCGGUCAAUUCUGUUGGCAAGCUUCCGUUACCCUAUCUAGCUGCGUCGACGCAGGAGAAGGCUAAUGCAGUGCUGGUGAACACCAAGCAAGUCCUAGACAUGUACAGAGUCAAGGAGGAACAGAAGCAGGCAACCUCGCUGAACUUUCAGCCAUACCCCCCUUUCUCAAAAGCCAAUGCCGCGAUCGCUGAUCGAAUUGCCGCUGUUGAGGCUGCAAUGAGCAGCAAUCUCUAUGACUCGGCUAUUCAGCUGUCCUCGGAGCUCUUUGACCAUGCUCUGCAAGGUUUGCGGUACUUACAGACUUAUGAUUGGCUUUUUCUCCGCGCUCUGAUCACCGUUGGCUACAUUGGCUGGAUUACCUACGCAAUUACGACAGUCAUCGACCUGCAUGUCCUUCAUGGCGCUGUGCCGGACGAGAGGACAAUUGGAACAACCAUGGCGUUUUCAUCUAUCCUGGUUGUGCUGUAUUCGUUCUUCGUCAUCGAGCGGUCACCUGUGACAUAUUACGCAUACGCAUUUUUUCCUGUCUUUUUCUGGGAGGAAGUGUUUGCCAGGAGAAAGGCUCUAUUUUCUGGAUUCAGCGUUCUUUUCGGCCACAUCCAGAGCUUUUCGAGGUCAUUGUCUCUCAUUGUGCAAGUCUUGCUCUAUUUGCUCGUUAUUGAAGCUUUGGUGCAAUCAUACUUCCACCGCAUUAUCUUCACCCUGUGUUACCUUUUCGCAGCGGUGUUUCCCGUCGUAUAUGGCGCGGAUUUCAUCAAGAAGAAUAAAUUAAUUGUGCUGGCAUGGGCAGCGGGCUGCCUGGUUCUGAGCACCUUUACGCUACUUCCAGUGGUGAAAGUUGAGAGUCCCACCAUGAUCACCGCAGGAGGUCUCCUCAUGUUUGGAGCCGGCGUCCUCUAUCUUGCUUUUGAGCACGAUAUCACCACCCAGUCGAAAUCCCGGACACAAGAAACCGAACCCAACGUCUUUUCUCGAAUCCUCAUGGGCCUUCAGAUCGGGAUUAUUCUGCUAACCAUCAUCGUUACACGCUCAAGUGUUGCUUCGCUCCAAGCAAAGAAAGGGCUGCCGCUUGGGAACCAAGUCGUUGGUUGGCUUGUUCUUGUAGCCUCCGUCAUUCUUCCAUUCGUGCACCGAAUGGCACCCAACAAACACUACCUUCAUCGCCUCGUCAUAAUCUUCCUUACAUUUUCACCAACGUUUGUCCUCCUUACGAUCUCAUAUGAGGGCCUCUUCUACUUUGCAUUCUGCUUCACCUUACUUACGUGGGUGCGCCUCGAGCACGCCAUCCAGCUUCAUGGGUCCUCCCAAUCACGAGAGACUCCGUCCGAUUCAAUGCCCUCCGCAAAUGGCAUCAGCAUAACAUCGAAAUCCCAGAAAUCCGAGAAUCUACAUCCCGAACAGACGUUCCGCACCCUUGCGCUCACCGACCUCCGCCGCGCCCUUUUCUUCCUCUUCUUCCUUCAAUCCGCAUUUUUCUCCACCGGCAACAUUGCUUCCGUUUCGAGCUUUAGUCUCGACGCCGUGUACCGCCUCAUCCCGAUCUUCGACCCCUUCUCACAGGGUGCCCUUUUGGUCUUCAAACUGAUGGUCCCCUUUGCUAUCAUCUCGGCCGCAUUGGGGAUUCUCAAUCGACGACUCGGAUUGCCGAGUUCGGCGCUAUUCAUGACAGUUAUGAGUAUUAGUGACGUGAUGACACUCAACUUUUUCUGGAUGGUGAAGGAUGAGGGAAGUUGGUUAGAUAUUGGCACAACAAUUAGCCACUUUGUGAUUGGGAGCUUGCUUUGUGUCUUCGUGGCGGGAUUGGAGGGGGUGAGUCAAGCCUUGAUUCAUGGGGUCGAGGUUGAUACCUAUGAGGAUAGAAUGAAGCAGGUGGCUGGUGUCCAGGUGAUUCAGGGGAAAGUCACUGAAACCGAUAUGGAUGGGGGUGCGCAGGCAAAUGGGAUAGUGAAUGGAGUCGUGAAGGUCACUGAGGGGCGAGAAGGUGUGGACGAGAGGCCAGUUAUUGAUUAG